GUAACUAUGAUCUGUUUCACACACACUCACACAACCCCCAUUUCUCUCUCUCUCUCUCUCUCUCUCUUUAACUUUUGAAUUUUAUUUUGGUUUCUUUUUCCAACUUUUCCACCAGGGGUGCUUUACUUUGUUCCCAAUCUUCGUCGUCCAUCUCUAUCGUGUUUAGAUUCUCUAUCAUCAGUGCGACUGUGUGUUGGAGUUGGAGUUCUUCACUAAAGCUUCAUCAAUGGCGGACAUAAGUCACCCGCCCAUGGAACAACUUCAAGACCUGGAGUACUGUAUAGACUCCAAUCCGCCAUGGCCCGAAACAAUUCUAUUAGCAUUUCAAAACUACAUUCUUAUGCUUGGAACAAGUGUAAUGAUCCCUUCACUACUAGUCCCUUUGAUGGGUGGAUCAGAUGGUGAUAAGGCGCGUGUUAUACAAACAUUACUAUUUGUAGCUGGGAUCAACACACUUCUUCAAACACUAUUUGGAACCAGGUUACCUGCUGUUGUUGGAGGCUCAUUUGCUUAUGUUAUGCCCAUACUUUACAUCAUAAAUGAUUCAUCUCUGCAACAAAUCCCCGAUCAUCAUGAUAGAUUUAUACAAACAAUGCGAGCUAUUCAAGGAGCUUUAAUCGUUGCUUCCAGCAUUCAAAUUGUAGCUGGUUAUAGCCAGCUUUGGGGUCUCUUCUCGAGAUUUUUCAGCCCACUUGGCAUGGCCCCUGUUGUUGGUUUAGUUGGUUUAGGGCUAUUUCAGCGUGGAUUUCCCAUGCUAGGAAAUUGUGUGGAAAUCGGGUUGCCUAUGCUACUUUUAGUCAUUGGAGUUUCACAGUAUUUAAAGCACACAAAACUACUGAAAGAGGUUCCAAUUUUUGAGAGGUUCCCUGUAUUGAUAUGCAUAUCAGUUAUAUGGAUCUAUUCAAUCAUACUAACAGCUAGUGGAGCAUAUAGAAAUAGACCAAAUGCAACUCAAAUAAGCUGUAGAACAGAUAGAGCAAAUCUUAUAUCCACUGCUCCAUGGUUUAAGUUUCCUUACCCGUUACAGUGGGGUCCACCUACUUUUUCAGUUGGCCAUUCAUUUGCGAUGAUGUCUUCAGUUCUUGUGUCAAUGGCUGAGUCAACUGGUGCUUACAAGGCUGCAUCAAGGCUGGCAAUUGCAACUCCACCUCCUGCGUAUGUACUUAGCAGAGGCAUUGGCUGGCAGGGAAUAGGUGUGCUUCUAGAUGGUCUUUAUGGAACUGGAACUGGAUCCACAGUGUCAGUGGAAAAUGUGGGUCUUCUUGGAUUAACCAGAGUUGGGAGUCGAAGAGUUGUUCAAAUUUCUGCUGGUUUCAUGAUUUUUUUCUCCAUAUUAGGGAAAUUUGGAGCAGUUUUUGCAUCAAUACCCUUUCCCAUAUAUGCAGCAUUGUAUUGUGUUCUUUUUGGGCUUGUAGGUGCGGUUGGAUUAUCGUUUCUUCAGUUCACCAACAUGAAUUCCAUGAGAAACCUGAUAAUCAUUGGGCUUUCUCUCUUUCUUGGAAUUUCAAUACCUCAAUAUUUCAAUGAGUAUGUAACUCUACAUCAUGGGCUAGUUCGCACAAAUGCUGGUUGGUUUAAUGCGUUCUUGAAUACCAUAUUCUCAUCACCACCAACAGUAGGGAUGAUGGUGGCAGUGUUUCUUGACAACACAUUGGAUGUGGUGAAUUCAAAGAAAGAUAGAGGGAUGCCAUGGUGGGUGAAGUUCAGAACAUUUAGAGGGGAUAACAGGAAUGAAGAGUUUUAUACGUUGCCAUUCAAUCUAAACAGAUUCUUUCCACCAACAUAACAACACAAACAGUUGAAAAUCAUUUAACUUUAUGGACAACAAUGUUCCUUUAAUUUUGGGACUGAUUAGGGUUGUUUUUUUUUGAGGGGGUCAUAAGUUGAGAGAGUUAAGCUUAUUGUGUUGAUCCAUUAGGUGGUAUUUUGUGUAGGAGCAGGGUACAAAUAUUGAAAUGUAGAGCUUUUCAUCAUUGGUUCCUUUUUAGGAUUCUAAACUAAUAAAAGG